AUGAAAGUCCUCCUCCACUCUCACUUCCCAGCCGGCCACGCCCUCCCCAUGCAAGCCGUCGCCCAGGCGCUGACCUCGCGCGGCCACGCCGUCGUCUGGCUCACGUCGCGCGACAACGAGGCCCGCGUCGCCUUCACGGGCGCCCAGUUCGCCGCCACGCAGGCCGUCGCCGCCGUCGACGCCCCCCUCGCCAGGGACCACAGCUCGGGCGUCUUCCCCACGGCCUACAAGCACCUCGACGCCCGGCUCCUCGCCCAGGUCAGCGACUACCGCGAGGUGCUUGCUCGGUUCGCGCCCGACCUUGUCCUCGUGGAUGUGUUUCCCCACGGCGCCCGGGCGCUGUACGACCUCGGGGAGGGUCCCGUCUUUGCCACGCUGGGCGUGAUUCCCAUGUACACGUCGCAUCUGCGCGCUCCUCUGCCCAGCUCGGGAAUGUGCCCGCCCGCACGGUGCCUGGCACGGGUGCAGAACGCGCUGCGUCAGCUCCUGAACCGCUGGCUUUGGCAGCCCUUGCACCUGGCCCCUGACCUGAACGCGCAGCGGGCACGGCUGGGACUGGCUCCGCUUCCGCCUCGAGAAGCACCCGAGUGGUUCGCGUACAGUCCGCAUCUACACAUCCAGGCGUCCUGUCCGUCCCUCGAGUUCAACCAGCUCCCCUGUUCUCCAGCACACGAGAAACACACCACCUUUGUCGGCCCGCUCGUCACCCGGACAGAUGCCGACCCCUCCAAGCUCCCAGGUUGGUGGGCCGAGCUGCCAACCACGAGACAAAUUGUCGGAAUCACGCAGGGGACGCUCGCCAUGGAUCCCGCAUCUCUCAUAGUCCCCUCCAUCCGAGCCCUCAAGGACCACGAGCAGCUUAUUCUCGUCGUCGUGUCCCCGUACGUGCAAGACAUCCAGGCCCGCGUGGGGAGCUGCCCAAACGUGCGGUACGCGGCCUGGCUGCCGUACGGGCUUCUUCUCCCGCGUCUCUCCCUGCUCAUCACCAACGGAGGCUACGGCAGCGUCACCCAGGCGCUGUCGCAUGGCGUUCCUCUGCUGUGCGCGGGGCAAUCGGAGGACAAGAGGGACACGGCCGCCCGGGUGACGUUUUCCGGUGCGGGCGUCGACCUGAGGACGGACAACCCGUCGGCGGAAAGCGUGAGAGCGGCUGCCUGCGCGAUACUCGGCGACGAGGCCUACAAAGCGAGGGCGCGACGCGUGGGCGACGAGCUUAAUCGGCUGGGGGGAGCCGAUGCCGCCUGCGAUGCGUUAGAAGACUUGGUUCGGAGCACCAAGAUAUAA